AGUGCGGCCUGUAGGGAUUCGGUUGCUACCCAAUAGUGUUCCCGCAAACACGCUAACCAACCAACCUCCGGGAGGCUGGGCUUAAUGCUGUGUGUCCAAGAUGGCGGUUAUCGCCAUGGAAAGGAUGGGGCUGCUGUCUGUGGUCUGUGUGUCUCUGUUUUUCAGCAGCACCAUUGCUGUGGAUCGGGGAAACUUUAAAACCUGUGAUCAGAGUGCUUUCUGCAAACGUCAACGGGCGCUCAAGCCGGGUCAGUCCCCAUACCGAGCUCUUCUGGAAACCUUGGAGCUCAGUGACUCCCGACUGACCCUCCAGCUCAUCAAUGACAACAACAAGGUGCACUUGCUGUUGGAGCUGUACAGACUGCAGGGGAAUAUGACGCGGGUGAAAAUAAAUGAGUUGAAACCUCUGAAGCCGCGCUUUGAGGUGCCAGACGUGCUCAUAGCAGAGCCUCCUACUGAGCCUCUCUCAGUGUUGUCCAAGGAUGAUAAUGGCGUUGUGUUGUCUCUGGGAGCGAAGAACCAGAGGUUGAUUGUUAGUGCCCGUCCAUUUAGGCUGGACAUCAUGCAGGGGCCAGAGGUGCUGCUAUCCCUCAACUCUCGUGGCCUGCUGGCCUUUGAGCACCUGCGUCUUCACAAGGACACGCAAGCACAACCAGAUGGUGCUGAGGUUAAAGAGAGUGUAGAUGGAGAUCAACAGCAAGAUGAAGGCGAGAAGGAUGAGGAUGGAGAGAGUGAUAAAGAGGAAGAUGGACUGUGGGAAGAGACGUUUAAAUCUCACACAGAUACCAAACCGAAUGGCCCCACAUCGAUAAGUUUAGACUUCUCCUUGCCUGGUGUAGAACAUGUGUACGGUAUUCCAGAGCAUGCUGACGACCUAAAACUCAAAACCACAGAUGGUGGUGAUCCAUACAGGCUGUAUAACCUAGAUGUGUUUCAGUAUGAGCUCUAUAACCCUAUGGCCUUAUAUGGAUCCAUACCUGUCAUGCUAGCUCAUAACACACAGAGGACCAUGGGUAUUUUCUGGCUUAAUGCAGCUGAGACCUGGGUAGACAUCAGUUCUAAUACAGCGGGAAAGACUGUCUUUGGUAAGAUGCUAGACUUUGUUCAAGGCUCAAGUGAGAAACCACAGACGGACGUCCGUUGGAUCUCUGAGAGCGGUAUCAUCGAUGUCUUCAUCAUGCUUGGGCCCAAACCAUCAGAUGUCUUCUCACAAUACGCCUCUCUCACAGGCACCCAGUCUUUCCCUCCCCUCGCCAGUCUGGGCUAUCACCAGUUUCUGCCAUACUGGUACCAGCUGUUAUACCAAGCACAUAAGACCGGAAUGCCUGUCAUGAGGCCUCUUUGGGUUGAUUAUCCCAAGGACACAGCAACUUUCACCAUUGAUGAUGAAUUCCUAAUUGGCAGUGAUUUGUUGGUUCACCCAGUCACAGAGGACGGGUCUCGUGGAGUCACAGCCUAUCUGCCUGGAGCCGGAGAGGUUUGGUAUGAUGUCCACACCUUUCAAAAACACAAUGGUGCACAGAAUCUCUACAUCCCAGUCACUCUAAGCUCUAUCCCGGUGUUCCAGCGUGGUGGCUCUAUCAUCCCUCGGAAGGACAGAGUUCGAAGGUCUUCCGCCUGCAUGGAAAAUGACCCAUACUCCUUGUAUGUGGCCCUUAGCCCUAAGAAAUUUGCUGAAGGCGAGCUCUACAUUGAUGAUGGCCAUAGUUUUAACUAUGAUACAAAGAAAGAAUUUAUUCAUCGGAGCCUCACUUUUGCCAACAAUGCUCUCACCUCCAGCAACCUGUGCCCAGACUGUAAUUUCUUAACAUCAUCAUGGAUUGAAAAAGUUCUAAUUUUGGGUGCCAGCAAACCCAGCAAGGUUCUUCUUAAAAUGGAUGGCAAAGAAACCCCUGUGGACUUUGAGUUUGACACUUCCAUGUCAGUGCUAACCCUCCGUAAACCUGGGAUGAAUGCUGGGGCCGACUGGACCCUGCUGCUGCAGUAGCUCACUGGAUCUCUACAGCGGCCGGGGCCAGAUGACACGAGAUCUAAAAAAAUCACUUGAAAAAUUAAUCUGUUGAAAAUCUCACUCUUAAUUCAUAAACACAUUGAGCACUUACAAAUUCAUCAAUUAAAAAGUGAACAAGUGGUGCAAUGGGUCAGAGAUAUUUCUCAGUGCUAGAAAGAAAUGGAUCCAACUGGCAGGGUCAGACCGUAAAUGCUUUCCAUUUUAAAAUGUAAUGUCAUUCAAAAGUCAAAAGCUUUGUUUUUAAUUUUGUGUAGUGAAAAGUAGUAUUAAAGUCAGAUUAACUGAAUCAUGCAGUGGAUUUAAAUCAUUUCAGGGCAGCAGAUAUGAGUGUUAAUUGUAUUUAAACCCUAUGAGCACAGUGAAAACCCAGUCAUUACUGAAGUAGA